GCUUCAGCCAAUAGUCAGCUUCCCAGGAAAGGUUACCUCUGACCUCGGAGUAAUCAGAGACAGUAGGACGCACCCCUCGCGAUAGGUGAGGUUGAAGCUGCCUCCGCCAUCUUGGAGAUGGGAGACGGGCGAUGACUGUGGUCCUUCUGCUAAUGCAAACAACAAAACGGGCACACUAGUCACCUCCGAGGGAGGCCACCGUCACUGUAACUGUUGGCCAAAGCUACAAAAGAAACGAGGGUGUCCAACCGAGCCCGGCGACACUGAAAGCAGCUUCCCCUGCCUUCUGCGGCGGCAGAAGUGAAGUGCCUGAGGACCGGAAGGAUGGUGCAGUCCUGCUCCGCCUACGGCUGCAAGAACCGCUACGACAAGGACAAGCCCGUUUCUUUCCACAAGUUUCCUCUUACUCGACCCAGUCUUUGUAAAGAAUGGGAGGCAGCUGUCAGAAGAAAAAACUUUAAACCCACCAAGUAUAGCAGUAUUUGUUCAGAGCACUUUACUCCAGACUGCUUUAAGAGGGAGUGCAACAACAAGUUACUGAAAGAGAAUGCUGUGCCCACGAUAUUUCUUUGUACUGAACCACAUGACAAGAAAGACGAUCUUCUGGAGCCACAAGAACAGCUUCCUCCACCUUCUUUACCGCCUCCUGUUUCCCAGGUUGAUGCUGCUAUUGGAUUACUAAUGCCACCUCUUCAGACCCCUGUUAAUCUCUCAGUUUUCUGUGACCACAACUAUACUGUGGAGGAUACAAUGCACCAGCGGAAAAGGAUUCAUCAGCUAGAACAGCAAGUUGAAAAACUCAGAAAAAAGCUUAAGACCGCACAGCAGCGAUGUAGAAGGCAAGAACGGCAGCUUGAAAAAUUAAAGGAGGUUGUUCACUUCCAGAAAGAGAAAGACGACGUAUCAGAAAGAGGUUAUGUGAUUCUACCAAAUGACUACUUUGAAAUAGUCGAAGUACCAGCGUAAUAAAAUGAAAUGUGUAUUGAUUUCUAAUGGGGCAAUACCACAUAUCCUCUUCUAGCCUGUAGAGGAGUUUCAUUUAAAAAAAAAUAACACUUGUUACUUAUAUAAAAACAGUUCAGAAUAUUUUUUUAAAAAGAAUUCGAUAUAUACUAUAAAAUUAAAAAUUUUUGUUUGUAGUUUCAGGUUUUUUACAUUUUAACAAAAUAUUUUAAAAGUUAUAAGCUAACCUCAGACCUCUAAGUUGGUUUCAAGAUUGGAGAUUUUUGGUUUUUUUUAGUAUUUAUAGAAAUAAUGUAAAAAUAAAAAGUAAAGAGAAUGAGAACAGUGCAGUAAAGGGGUGAUUUAAGUUUAAAACGUAAUACUGUUUUAUUGAGAGAACUAGUUAUAUUUUAAAUCAGAAGUAUGGGUCAGAUCAUGGGACAUAACUUCUCAGAAUAUAUGUAUAUGUACAUAUUCUCAUAUGUAAAGUCACAAAGUUCAUUUAUCUUUCUGAAUCAGUUAUUAACGAUAAACUGGCAAGUCAGUACUUAAAAAGAAAAAAAAAAUUUGAUUCUCUACACAGCAGAAAAGAGUCAUUACAUAUCAGAGUGGAUUUUUUUUUGUUUUUUUAAAUGGGCUCCUAGUUUUUCUCCUACUGUCUAGCAUUAUAAAAUUAGAAGUGUAUUUUCAGUGGAAGAAACAUUCUUCAAUAAAUAAAGUAAGGCAUUGUUAGCAGUGAAGUAAUAAAACUGAGGCCUGAUCUAUGAUAUGCUUUUUUCUAGGAUAUUCAGUUCCCCAACUAUAGUUAUAGAUCUGCUUUCAAGUCUCUGACAAAUGUGUUGUGUUAGUGGAGUUUGAUUUGUAUCAUAUGAUAAUCUUGCACUUGACUGAUUUGGGGCAGGGCUUCACAUAAAACAAUUAUUUCUUCACGUUUAACACAAGUUAGAAAUUAUAUCCCAUAUACUUAAAUGAGUGAUUUAUAUUCAAAAGCAACCUACUGUGUAGUGUUUAUUUUACUGAAUGUUGAGAUUUAAACACUGAGGUUUCUGUUCAAACUGUGAGUUGUGUUCUGACUUUGUGAGAAAUUUUACAUAUAUUUGAAAUGAAAAUAUGUUCUGAGUAAACAAAUAUUGCUAUAGGAGUUAUCUAUUUAGAUUUAGAAUUACUGUUCCAAUGAUAAUUAUUACUUCUAUAUUUCAAAGUACACUAAGAUAGUUGAAGAGUAAUAGACCCUUUAAGACAGUAUUAAAGGUGUGAAACAAUG